AUGAAUACUAAUGGUGAAUAUAUGAUAAAUGGCUUGGUUUGGGCUUGGGGGCGAAUUUCCCCACGACACGGCCCCGCGAAGAAACCGGCGGGGCAGCGCAAGCAAGGGGAGGCAAACCGGGGAGGCGGGCGGGAAAGCAAAAAAAUCUGA